AUGUAUUCUGAAAUAAAGGAAAAGGCAUCGUUUAUAUCUUCAGAUCCUUCUCAAUAUGAUCUUGUUCCACGUAUGCUUCCGUAUCUUGACAAACAUUUAAUUUUUCCUUUAUUGGAAUUUUUACAGGAAAAAAAUAUAUAUGAGAAGAAAGUUAUGCUUCAGGCAAAAUAUGAUUUAUUAAUUGAAACUUAUAUGACUGAUUAUAUUAUAAAUUUAUCACAAGAAAUAAGUUUUAUAGAUCCUUUGUUUAAAAGUUAUAUAGAGUUUACCAAAAAAAAAGAAGAAGUAGAAAUGUUUGAUGCACUAAAUAGUGAAAGUCAAAAGGUUUUAGAAGUGCUUGACAAUCCUGAGGUAAUCGCUGCUUUAAAACAAGAUAAAGCACAAAAUUUGCAAUAUUUGAAAGAUUCACAUGGACUUACUGUUGAAAUGAUUAAUUCCUUGUACAAAUUUGGAAAUUUUCAAUAUAAUUCUGGUAACUAUGCAAGUGCAGUGGAUCUUCUUUAUCAUUUUAGAGCCUUAUCUAUGGAUAAUGAGUUAAAUGUUUCUGCAACAUGGGGAAAGUUAGCAUCUGAGAUUUUGACUGUUAAUUGGGAACGUGCUUUAGAAGAAGUAAAUAAAUUAAAAGAAAUUAUUGAUACAAAGAGUUUUUCUAGUCCGAUUUUUCAACUUAAACAUCGGACGUGGCUAAUUCAUUGGUCUCUUUUCCCUUUUUUUAAUCACGAAACAGGAAGAAUAGCUCUUUGUGAAUUAUUUUUUUCUCCAUCAUAUAUGAACACAAUUCAGACAUCAUGUCCAUGGAUUUUAAGAUAUUUAACUGUUGCAGUUAUUACAACGCGAUCACAAGUACGAAAUGCAAUGCAUUAUCAACGUCGUAUGAAAGAAUUAGUAAAAGUGAUUGACCAAGAAUCAUAUGAAUAUAUGGAUCCUGUUAUACAAUUUAUUAAAGUCUUGUAUAUUCAGUUUGAUUUUGAAGAUGCUCAGAAUUCUCUUAAAGAAGCAGAAGAAAUAUUGAAAAAUGACUUUUUUUUAGUAGGAAUGUGUUCUGAAUUUGUUAAUUCUGCACAUUAUCUUAUGGCGGAAGCUUAUUGUAAGAUUUAUCAACGUAUUGAUAUUGAUGACCUUUCGAAACGAUUAAAUUUCUCACAUGAUCAAAUCGUUAAGUUUAUUCAUGACGAUCUUAUAGAUUUAAAUGCAAAAAUAGAUUUUAAAGAAGGUACUAUUGUUAUGAAUCAUCUUUCUCAACCUAUAUAUCAACAAGUUAUUGAACGUACAAAAGGAUUAAAUUUUAGAACUCAAGUUUUAGCACAAGCAAUUGCUCGCCGACAACAAGGAGAUAAAAAAGAAACAAUAUCUGAAAUAGUAACAUAA